UUAGACACAGACGAGAAGAGUUUUCUAAACCUGAAUGGAACAAGACCUGCAUUAGCACACCCUUCACCCACCAUACAAAAGUAUUGUGUUGCUGGCAAGAUGACACGUUACGGCUUUCAAGAUCUAUGGAUGAGCAUUGGAGAAAGUUGGAAUCAUGGGGUCAACUCUCCAGGUCCAAGUGAUGCCAUAGCUUCUGUUUGCAAUGCCAUCCACCCCAAUUCCAGCCAUGUGCCUGUGAUGCGCAGCCUGGAACCGAGCAACACAGACAGUCAGGUGUCAGAUGGAGACAAAGCUGGUGCCACGUUGCUAUUCUCUGGAGCUUUCUUGACCCUAGUUGGCAUGACAUUCACAGCCAUGGGGUGGACUAAGUACAAUGUCAACCAAAGCUAUGAAUGGACACAGUUGCUGGGACCCAUAUUGUUGUCAGUUGGAGGUAUGUUUGUGCUCAUAAGCGUCUGCAAAUUCCGAAUGCUCUCCUGCCAGUCCUGUAAGCAGAAUGAUGGGGAAAGGACAUGUGAAAUAGACUCUCUGCCGCCCCUGUCGGGACCGUCGUUUGUCUUCACUGGACUUAAUCGACCCAUUACCUUCCACAGGGCCACGGUAGUCCAGUACAUCCCGCCACCGUAUGCCUCUUUGAGUCAGGGCCCUGCUGAUGGUUUGCAUUCUGGUCACCAGCCGCUGGCAUUUUCAGUGAGCCCCCCGCCACAGUAUUACAGUGUGUUUCCCAAGGAGAGCCUUGCUUCUUUUUCUGGGGAAUUUGCCAGCUCCACAGUGGAACAAAGGGAAAACAGGAAUCACAGCUGCUCAAUGGAAGAGGAAAAUAAGAAAGCGAUCACAGCAGACAACUCCUCCUCUCCACCUGCAUAUGAGCAACUUUUUGCCACCUCAUCAAGUGAUUCUUGCUCAUAACUAAUAAAACAUUUAAAAACAUAUAUCUGAAAAGCUCUUCAGUUUAAUUUUUUGACUUGUUAACGUGAACAGCGUGUUACUACUAAGUCCUAAAAUAGGCUAUAGCUCAAAUGUUGUUUCCAGUUGCAAAUAAUGUGAAAGUGUGUGAUAAUUGUUCUUAUUUAAGUGUACACAAGUAGGAUAAGGGUCUCCAGAAAACUAUUUAAUUUUGCAAACAAUUUGCUGUCUUUAUAAUAUCAAGGUUACUAUUUAUCUAACAAAUGUUUCUAUAUACAAAAUAGAUAAAUAUUUAAAAAAGGGGUCCCUCGCUAAAGGUUCACUGCCAUUAAAAGUUUAAAAGCCCCUGCUGUUUAUGACAUAGGCGAGCGUCGCGUGAGGGCCACAUGAGGGCAGAAUGAGGACGUCUGUGAACGUUCGACUAAU